AUGGUGACGUCGAUACAGCGUGCUAUUUUCACGCUCAUCUGCGACUACCUCCGUCAGGGUCUGCCUCCACCGCAGCAGCACGACAUCCGGCCAGUGAUUCGGAGUUUUGUGUGCGGUUCUGGACCGCUCGUGAAUGGGGCCGUGGUGAAUCUACACCCAGAGGUGCGGUGCCGCCGGUUAGAGAAGCAUGUCCCCGUUGAGGAGAACAGUGCUCGUGUGGUGUGUCGUGUUUCUGACGAAGGGAGUGGUUUCUGGCGGAUCUGGGAAAUCGUGUCUGGGCUGGAGUCGAGUGUGUGUAGUGCGUCACGAUGUUGCUUGUGUGUCGCGGCGCUAAUUUAG